ACUUGUGCACGCGCGGCCAUGUUGACUAAAGUCUGAAGAGACAAAGGGACAGUGUUAAUGAGAGCUAAAGCAACAAGGAGUUUCAGCAAGGAGCAACACAGAAGCGGAUACUUAUGUUCAAGAGAUAAGCGAAGAUUUAAAUAGUUGAUGUUAAAACAAAAGGUGACAUCCUGCAGAAUCCUGAUUCUUCUUCAGCGAGGUGUUCAGCAAGCCAGAGAGGGGAAAAAGCAGCUAAUACAUGCAGAAAGUAAUUCUGUAUUGAUGUUCCAAAUAAAAAUAUAGUGGCAGUUUGGUUUACUAGGGACGUACUGAUAACACAUUUGUCAUAAAUAUAAAGAAACGCCAAAAAGAUUUGUAGAUAAUAACCUGAGAUUUACAUUUUUGAAUUUCAUAUGCUCUUCAGCACUUGGAUCCAAAAACAAUAUAAAAGGUAGUGUAAAUAAGAGUAAGGCAGAAAUACUGGAAGUCAUUGAAGUUCUGAAAUAAAACAUUUUACAAAAUCUUCAGGGAUAACAAAAGUGAAAAAAAGGGGGGGGAAAUUUGCAAAUUUGUGAUUUUACAUUCAAAAUUCUGAAGGCUAGAUUUAAAUGCUUCAAAAAUACAUGCUCACAAAUCGUGUAUUUUAAUAGAGGCAACAGGUAAUAUUUAUUCUUAUAAAUACAAUUUUCUCCUCUUUUGGGAGAGUUUUCUUAAAAACUAUUUUCAUACGUCAACACCUCUUCUUUUCAAGAGGUCUGCACGUACAAGUGAGAGUAGUACAAAACAACUGUUUACACAGUAGGGCACUGGGUAUUAACAGAAGCAGUGAAAGAACAGGGGGUUGGCAUAAACCUCAUAGAAGAGAAAUCUGCAAGAAACCAACAACUGUGAGAAGUUAUAUCUAUAGCAAUGGCCACUGCAAGGACCCAGAUCCCCACCUCGGUCAUGGGAGUCGCCAAGCAGAAUGGGCAGGCGAGGUCAGCGGCUCUUCAGUUGGGAUCACAACCAGCAACAGUGCUCAGUUCCUCCCAGAAAGGAAGCAGCAUACCAGACACCAGUGGUGGUAUCAGAUUUGGAGAUGACUGGAAGAAGUCUCUGCAACUCCCACAAAAAGAUAUGAGAGUGAAAACCUCAGAUGUUACUGCAACUAAGGGGAAUGAGUUUGAAGACUAUUGCCUUAAACGUGAAUUGUUAAUGGGCAUUUUCGAAAUGGGUUGGGAGAAGCCAUCUCCUAUUCAGGAGGAGAGCAUUCCCAUUGCUCUGUCAGGAAGGGACAUUCUAGCACGGGCCAAAAAUGGCACAGGGAAGAGCGGAGCCUACCUCAUCCCUCUCCUGGAGAGGAUUGACCUAAAAAAGGAUCAUAUUCAAGCCAUAGUAAUGGUGCCAACUCGUGAACUGGCUCUGCAGAUGAGCCAGAUCUGUAUCAACAUGAGUAGGCACAUGGGGGGAGUGAAGGUCAUGGCCACCACUGGUGGAACCAAUCUAAAGGAUGAUAUCUUGCGCUUGGAUGAGACGGUACAUGUGGUGAUAGCCACACCAGGCAGGCUGCUGGACCUUAUGAAGAAAGGUGUGGCCAAAGCUGACAAAGUUCAUAUGAUGGUGAUGGAUGAGGCAGACAAGUUGCUCUCUCAAGACUUUGUCACCCUCAUUGAGGAGAUUAUCGGAUUUUUGGACAAGAAUCGCCAGAUUCUACUUUAUUCUGCCACCUUCCCGACCACUGUACAAAAAUUCAUGUCAAAACACCUAAAAAAGCCCUAUGAGAUUAACCUGAUGGAUGAGCUGACUCUGAAGGGCAUUACUCAGUACUAUGCUUAUGUAACAGAGAGACAGAAAGUGCACUGCCUCAACACACUAUUCUCCAGGCUCCAGAUCAACCAGUCUAUCAUCUUCUGUAACUCAACCCAGAGGGUGGAACUUUUGGCUAAGAAGAUCACACAAUUGGGCUACUCUUGUUUUUACAUCCAUGCAAAAAUGAUGCAGGAAUACAGAAAUCGCGUGUUCCAUGACUUCAGAAACGGCCUCUGUAGAAACCUGGUUUGCACAGAUCUUUUUACAAGAGGAAUUGACAUUCAGGCUGUCAAUGUGGUCAUCAACUUUGACUUUCCCAAAAAUGCAGAGACCUACCUACACCGCAUUGGUAGAUCAGGACGGUAUGGACACCUGGGUCUGGCCAUUAAUCUGAUCACCUCAGAUGAUCGUUUCAAUCUGAAGGCCAUUGAGGACCAGCUAGUGACAGACAUUAAGCCCAUUCCUGGUAGCAUUGAUAAGAGCCUAUAUGUGGCAGAAUUCCACUCCAUCAACCAUGAGGAAGAGGAAGAGAAGGAGGCUGCACUAAGUGCAUCUUAAUUGAUUCCCCGCUGGAGAAAAGAUGGAUGGUGCCUGGCAUUUUGCACAUCUUCUGUUGAACAUGGGCACAAGGGUGAAGUCUCCUUUACUUCAUUUGACCAUUCAUAAAAAUUUGCUGUUUCCACUGUUACACUGGCUCUGUAAAUCUAUCAGACUCCAAACUAUUAAAUUACCACCCUGUAUGUCACUAGCACUGCUCCAAAAAAUAUAUAUUUUUAGGAAUAAUUGUUUCUCCAUUAUGUUACAUUUGCCUGUCACCUUUUUGCUUUGUUACCAAAUAUUAAAAGGGUACUUCAGUUUAGUAUGGUCAUGUGUAAAACCUACCUCAGCAGCCCUGCCCCAUAAAUAAGUGCUAGUAUAGUUGAAAGUGAUUUUUGUAUAGUUCCCUGUGACCUUACAUGAGCACUUGCUUACACAGUUAUGCAUAAACCUAAGUGCCUUUAGUGCUUUAUGAACACUCAGAGGGACCCCUCAUUCAGGAUUACGUAGCCUGAAUAUAUAUUUUAAAAAGCACAAAAUGAAUCAGGUUUCUUUAUACUUUGCAAAUUCAAUUUUUUUAAACAUGCAUUCCUAUAAGAAAUUUAUUGUAUGUCUGAGCCAGCUUGUAUUUUACCAGUUUACCAAAUGGAAUUUCUUUCGUUCAUCUUGUUUUCAUGUAAUAAUACAAACUGAUAAGUGCUACUGUUUAAAAAAAAAAAAGCAAAGCACUCACCUGUGUGUAGUUCUCCAAGCUGUUUGAUGCCAAUCUGAGCCAAUUCCAACCUUUCCUUAUCCUUGUUUGUUAAAAUUUUACCAUCUUUGAUGCAUUGUGAGUAGAAGUUGUGCUUUUACUGAUAUGUAAAAGGAUGACUAUCCGAACCAUUUGUUCCAGAUGUCAGUGCCAGCAUCUACACUGUCUCAUUUUCUUUGAAAAGAAAUAAAGUAUCCAGCAUAUUUUCA